CUUUGAGGUCAAUACUUGUUACCUAACCAUGAUUAACGCCCAGCGGCUUUCCUCAGCCUCUACUGUAGAGAGAUCAAUCAUGACCAAUGGACGUAUCAUGGCCCUGCCCACCGACACGCCCAUUCCUAACAUCAAUCGAAUAUCAGCUCAUGAACAAGGCGACCCCACCUCCAAUCGAGCUCAACUGGUUGCACCUCCAAAUGAGAACCAGAUCAUUGGGAGUCACCGAAUUCCUUGCGAUGAGUGCCGUAAGGAUUGCCAGGACAUCUUGGCCUUGAAAGACCAAUGCUUGAAACUCCGACUAGAUCUGGCCAACACCAGAAGGAGACGGGAGCACAUGGAGAAAGAAACGGCUCGUAAAAUGUCGGAUUUAAAGUCUGAACAUGUCAAGGCAAUCCAUGCCAUGAAAUCAACAGUCCUGGGACCAGAAGACCAAGGCGAUGUACUGAAGAAGGAUUUCAAAAGGCUUCUCGUGGACCACGAAACCGUGGCUCGUGAAAUCUGUCAUGAGAACCAACGUCUUCGUGAUGAAAUUGCUAAACUUAUUAUUCACAUUGAUGUAAAGUCGGUGGAGGCGGAUGACGAGUGUUUAAAAGUGGCGAAAUUGCUGAAUCGACUUAAAGACACCAAACGAGGCAUGAAGAACAUCCACGGGGACGAUGAUGAAUCUUACAUUGAAAUCAUCAUACCUUAGCAUAAGUUGUGCCAUGGCCGUGAAAGUAAAUAGGAAAUGGAUGAAAGAUAUACCUAAGGAAAAUGUAAUGAGACGUUUUUGAAACGAAUGUUAUUUUUCUUUAUUGACGCGAAAUGUCUCUAGAAUACAACAGUAUUAUUUGGAGAUAAAGGCUUUUGUUGGCUAAAUUACUCUCCAUCUCUCGCUCAGGCCUUUCAAAUAAAACUAUAGUUUUGGUAAAUUUGUUAAGAAUAAAUGUAAGCGUGCAAGAGAAUGGUGUUGAAUCAUGACCUUUACACACCGCAGUACUAAUCAAGAUCUUCAAUAACUUGUCUCAUUUCAAAGUAUUUUCUGAAUAAAAAGGUUUUAACGCAAAAGGACCCACUUUCAUGCGCAUGCGUUACUUUGUCAAACUUUCGUCACACGACGAAAAAUAGCGAAAAAGCCGACGAUAAUGGAUGGGCAAGAUUUCUACAAAUCUGUGCAAACUUCUCAAAUUGCAGUCAUGCCAAGUUUGUAAACACACCUAAUUAUACGCAGGGCACCAUAAGAAAAAGAAACCACGUAAAAGUAUAAGUCAUUCUCCUUGAAAACUCAGUCCAACGAAGGGCACAGGUUGGACGAAUUAACCUUUGUGUCGAACAACUUUACAUCGGAGUGCCAGUUAGGUACGAGAACAUCUUUUUGUUUUUGCACAGCUUUGUUGGGUCAUAUGAAUAAAAAAAUAGAACUUAUUUGGUUCCAAUGCAGUCUUUCAUUGGUCUUGAGGUGCUGGAAAUUCCAUUCCCAGUAGCGGUAAGGAAAUCUGCAAGAAUCCUUUUUUUACUGCAGACGGUUUUCUCCACUAAUCAGUUGGCGGCAUUACAUUGAAACUGAACGGUUUGAACUUAAUUCAACUAAUUAAACCAAAAAUUGCCUAACCUCCAACAAUAAUGAAUAUAAUCAAAAAUGUAUAUCGUAAUCUUAUAUUAAACUACCGCAACCUAAAAUAUUGAAGGCCAACUGAUUAGUGGCAAGUAACGCAUUCUUUACGUCGUUCUUGUACGAGAUAAACGUUAUCGUCAAGCGUGAGGCUUCGAACUGACAGGUAGGACUAGCACGCCACGCUCUACUGUUUGUACUUUCUUCAUGUCUUGUCUGACCCCAAAUAUUUAGCUGAAUGCGUAAAACGCUUUUACUCUGAUGCGAAACCAGUUCAAGUCAAGCAAAAUUACUUCACAACAAAGCAUUUUCUUUCAUUCGAAAACAUGAGCAAAAUCAUCCAGAAAAGUCUUCAAAGUGUGAUGAAGGACGAUGUGUUAAAUCGUCCAAACUAUGAUGGCUUUGUGGUUAUUGGAGCUGGAUUGCCUAGAACUGGCACCACCUCGAUAAGGAGUGCCUUGGCCACAUUACUCAACGGGUCUUGCUAUCACAUGAUGUGUGUGGCUGAAGGAACUCGCGUGGAAGAAGACUUCUGGUUAAAGGCUCUGAAUCGUGAGAUCAAAAGUGACGAGGAGUGGCGAAAGUUCUUUGAAGGCCGCGGAUAUCGAGCUGGGGUGGAUUUUCCUGUAUCCUUCUUCUACCGUGAUAUGCUAAGAGCAUUUCCCAAAGCGAAAGUAAUCUUAACAGUGAGGAAUCCGGAAACGUGGUACAAAUCGGUUCGAGAGACCAUUUAUGAAGGCAACAAAAAGACCAAAGAUUUUGCCGUAAGACUAUUUAUGCAAAUAGCUGGUAAAACUAAUUUGGUUGAAGUCAUAGACAGAACUGCUUGGGAACCAGCUGAAGGAGCGACUAAAGGAGUAUUAGUGGCCAUUGACGAAGGCUUGGAAUCAUCAAUAGACUUUUUUCAGCAAUGGAACAAUUCCGUGAGAAAAACUGUCCCUAAAGAGCGUCUAUUGGAAUUUGAUCCCAAACAAGGGUGGUCUCCACUAUGUGAAUUCUUGGGCGUGCCCGUUCCUGAUAUCCCAUUUCCAAGGCUGAAUGACACCAAAGACAUGAAUCGUAAACUGGCUGGAUUGAGCGCUUUAGCAUAUUCAGUGGUUUAUGGCUUACCUAUUUUGCUUCUUAUGGUAUUGCUCUACUUCUUUUAUUUUUGAAUUAAAUGAAAUAGCGCAUUAGAUUAAAAAGCAGACCAGUUUUAAACCAGUAUACAUACAAAUCGUACCAGAUCCGUCUUCGAAUAAAAAUAUUGAAAUAUAACCCAUGAGUUCCUAUAA